UCAUUGGCCGGAAGAAAAAACCUCCAACUCUCCCUUCUUCCUCGCAACUUCCUACAAAACCGGCAACCUCCUAUGGCGGCGGCGGCGGCGGAUUUACCACUACCGACUCAACACAAACCAUCACUACCGAUGAGGCUAAACUCUUUCGUCGCCACCACCCGCGUCGGAAAGCGAUUCAAACUCACCCAACGAAGCACAACCUUCACAACCGAACUCCGCGCCGGCACCGCCACUUUCCUCACGAUGGCCUACAUUCUCGCCGUAAACGCUAGCAUCCUCACCGACUCCGGCGGCACGUGCUCCGCCGCCGACUGCACACCCCUCUGCUCCGACCCGACCCUCCCCCUCUCCGCCUGCACCGGUCCGACCCACCACGUCAUCCAACCGGACAUUUCCUGCAAAUUCCGACCCGUCAACCCGGGUUACUCCGCCUGCCUAGAAACGACCCGAAAAGAUCUAAUCAUCGCCACCGGAGCCUCGUCGCUCAUCGGGAGUUUCAUAAUGGGUGUUUUCGCAAAUCUCCCUUUAGCCUUAGCUCCCGGAAUGGGCACCAACGCUUACUUCGCCUUCGCCGUCGUCGGGUUCCACGGGUCGGGUCAAUUACCGUACAGAAGCGCUUUAGCCGCCAUUUUCAUCGAAGGCUUAAUCUUCCUUCUAAUCUCCGCCGUCGGAUUACGAGCCAAAAUCGCCAAAUUAAUCCCAAAACCCAUCAGAAUCUCAUCCUCCGCCGGAAUCGGACUGUUCCUCGCCUUCAUCGGAUUACAGAGCAAUCAAGGAAUUGGGCUAAUCGGGUACAACGCCUCGACCCUCGUCACCAUCGGAGCCUGCCCGAAGAAUUCCCGGGCAGCGUUAGCGGCAGUCGUAACUGCCCCAAAUGGAACGGUCAGUUUGCUCCGUAACGGCGCCGUUUCCGAUCAGAUUCUCUGCCUGAACAACCGAAUGCAAAGCCCCACGUUCUGGCUCGGCGUGGUGGGAUUCGCCAUCAUUGCGUAUUGUUUGGUGAAAAACAUCAAAGGCGCGAUGAUAUACGGCGUCGUUUUCGUGACGGCGGUUUCGUGGUUCCGUAACACCGUCGUAACGGUAUUUCCCGACACGACGGCCGGCGACUCUGCGUUUAAUUAUUUCAAGAAGGUCAUCGACGUUCAUUGGAUUAAAACCACCGCCGGAGCUUUGAGUUUCCGGGAUUUGGGGAAACCCCAUUUCUGGGAAGCGAUGUUCACAUUCCUUUAUGUCGACAUUCUCGACACCACCGGAACUCUGUACUCCGCCGCCCGUUUCGCCGGAUUCACCGACGCCGCCGGCGACUUCGAGGGGCNGGUUUAA